AUGAGUUUUAAUAUGAAGUCUCUUAUUAUCUGGAUAGCUCUUUGUUUGCUUGCUGCAACUGAAGGACUUGAGCCAGACGUAGCUGUCAAGGAAUGUCAACAUAUAUUUUCCUCGGUGCAUUUGACAAGUACUCGAUUGCAAGUCACCACCGUCCUCUCGACCAUCACUCUCCUGGAUGUUACGCCUACUUAUGCUAGUGUUACCACUACGGAAUGUGUACCUUACACCAUAACUCACACGGAAACGCUCUCUCAUUAUGAAGCUCCUCAGCUGGCAUACUCCACACAUUACAUUACGGAGCUGAAGGUCAAACAGAAAAAUCGUGCAUACACUUAUACCACCUAUCAGCCUGAAAGCAUCACCAUUACAUACUGGGCUACUGAUCUAGAAAAGCACGUGACACAAGUUGUGGGGACAACGACGACCACGGCUGUAUCAACAGUAUCUGUUGUGAAGACUGUGUCCACCUCGAUUACAACCACUGCAACAUAUACUCAAGUUGAUGUGUUCAGCUCCAUCACAUACUCACCGGUGCAUGUGACUACAACCAUGACUAACGCCUGGCCGAUCCUCAAGACAGUAUACCAGACGGACUACAUUAAAGAGGCUGUUGAUUAUGUGACAACGGUUAUGGAAACAUCGACAGUCUAUCACCACUUCUCUUAUUAUCUGGAUAGCUCUUUGUUUGCUUGCUGCAACUGUUUGCUUGCUGCAACUGAAGAAGCUGUAAAGGAAUGUCAACAUAUAUUUUCCUCGGUGCAUUUGACAAGUACUCGAUUGCAAGUCACCACCGUCCUCUCGACCAUCACUCUCCUGGAUGUUACGCCUACUUAUGCUAGUGUUACCACUACGGAAUGUGUACCUUACACCAUAACUCACACGGAAACGCUCUCUCAUUAUGAAGCUCCUCAGCUGGCAUACUCCACACAUAACAUUACGGAGCUGAAGGUCAAACAGAAAAAUCGUGCAUACACUUAUACCACCUAUCAGCCUGAAAGCAUCACCAUUACAUACUGGGCUACUGAUCUAGAAAAGCACGUGACACAAGUUGUGGGGACAACGACGACCACGGCUGUAUCAACAGUAUCUGUUGUGAAGACUGUGUCCACCUCGAUUACAACCACUGCAACAUAUACUCAAGUUGAUGUGUUCAGCUCCAUCACAUACUCACCGGUGCAUGUGACUACAACCAUGACUAACGCCUGGCCGAUCCUCAAGACAGUAUACCAGACGGACUACAUUAAAGAGGCUGUUGAUUAUGUGACAACGGUUAUGGAAACAUCGACAGUCUAUCACCACUCUCUUUGUUUGCUUGCUGCAACUGAAGGACUUGAGCCAGACGUAGCUGUAAAGGAAUGUCAACAUAUAUUUUCCUCGGUGCAUUUGACAAGUACUCGAUUGCAAGUCACCACCGUCCUCUCGACCAUCACUCUCCUGGAUGUUACGCCUACUUAUGCUAGUGUUACCACUACGGAAUGUGUACCUUACACCAUAACUCACACGGAAACGCUCUCUCAUUAUGAAGCUCCUCAGCUGGCAUACUCCACACAUAACAUUACGGAGCUGAAGGUCAAACAGAAAAAUCGUGCAUACACUUAUACCACCUAUCAGCCUGAAAGCAUCACCAUUACAUACUGGGCUACUGAUCUAGAAAAGCACGUGACACAAGUUGUGGGGACAACGAUGACCACGGCUGUAUCAACAGUAUCUGUUGUGAACACUGUGUCCACCUCGAUUACAACCACUGCAACAUAUACUCAAGUUGAUGUGUUCAGCUCCAUCACAUACUCACCGGUGCAUGUGACUACAACCAUGACUAACGCCUGGCCGAUCCUCAAGACAGUAUACCAGACGGACUACAUUAAAGAGGCUGUUGAUUAUGUGACAACGGUUAUGGAAACAUCGACAGUCUAUCACCACUCCCUUUGUUUGCUUGCUGCAACUGAAGGACUUGAGCCAGACGUAGCUGUAAAGGAAUGUCAACAUAUAUUUUCCUCGGUGCAUUUGACAAGUACUCGAUUGCAAGUCACCACCGUCCUCUCGACCAUCACUCUCCUGGAUGUUACGCCUACUUAUGCUAGUGUUACCACUACGGAAUGUGUACCUUACACCAUAACUCACACGGAAACGCUCUCUCAUUAUGAAGCUCCUCAGCUGGCAUACUCCACACAUAACAUUACGGAGCUGAAGGUCAAACAGAAAAAUCGUGCAUACACUUAUACCACCUAUCAGCCUGAAAGCAUCACCAUUACAUACUGGGCUACUGAUCUAGAAAAGCACGUGACACAAGUUGUGGGGACAACGAUGACCACGGCUGUAUCAACAGUAUCUGUUGUGAACACUGUGUCCACCUCGAUUACAACCACUGCAACAUAUACUCAAGUUGAUGUGUUCAGCUCCAUCACAUACUCACCGGUGCAUGUGACUACAACCAUGACUAACGCCUGGCCGAUCCUCAAGACAGUAUACCAGACGGACUACAUUAAAGAGGCUGUUGAUUAUGUGACAACGUGUUACCACACGGAAACGCUCUCUCAUUAUGAAGCUCCUCAGCUGGCAUACUCCACGCAUUACAUUACGGAGCUGAAGGUCAAACAGAAAAAUCGUGCAUACACUUAUACCACCUAUCAGCCUGAAAGCAUCACCAUUACAUACUGGGCUACUGAUCUAGAAAAGCACGUGACACAAGUUGUGGGGACAACGAUGACCACGGCUGUAUCAACAGUAUCUGUUGUGAACACUGUGUCCACCUCGAUUACAACCACUGCAACAUAUACUCAAGUUGAUGUGUUCAGCUCCAUCACAUACUCACCGGUGCAUGUGACUACAACCAUGACUAACGCCUGGCCGAUCCUCAAGACAGUAUACCAGACGGACUACAUUAAAGAGGCUGUUGAUUAUGUGACAACGGUUAUGGAAACAUCGACAGUCUAUCACCACUUCCUUUGUUUGCUUGCUGCAAGUGAAGGACUUGAGCCAGACGUAGCUGUCAAGUAA